AGAUGGUUAUCAGCCUUAUCUCAUAUCUCCUGAAAAAGGUUUGAGGUCAUUAAUAAAAGGUGUCUUAGAGCUUGCAAAGGAACCGUCACGUCUUUGUGUGGAUGAGAUAUAGUGUCUGCUGCUGCAAAUGCUACUCCAGGUCUUGGAAGAUACCCUCCUUUCAAGAGGGAGAUCGUGGCCAUUGCAACUAAUGCAUUAGAUGUGUUCAAGACUGAUGCAAAGAAAAUGGUGGUUGCACUAGUUGAUAUGGAGCGUGAUUUUGUGCCUCCUCAGCAUUUCAUUCGCUUGGUACAGAGGAGGAUGGAGAGGCAGCGUAGAGAGGAAGAAGUGAAAACUCAAUCCUCGAAGAAAGGACAAGAGGCAGAGCAAUCAAUAAUGAACAGGUCAAGUAGUCCUCAAACAGGGGGUCAACAAUCAGGCGGAACCCUAAAAUCGUUGAAGGAUAAAUUUAGCGAGGAGAAAGAAGUCCCUGAAGCAUCUGGUUUGAAGACUGCAGGUCCUGAAGGGGAAAUAACUGCAGGGUUCUUAUAUAAAAAGAGCGCCAAGAGUAAUGAGUGGAACAAGCGAUGGUUUGUUCUCAAUGAGAAGACUGGGAAGCUUGGUUACACCAAAAAACAAGAGGAAAGGCAUUUUCAUGGUGUCAUCACUUUGGAGGAAUGUAAUGUUGAAGAGAUAGAAGAGGAAGAACCUGCUCCAUCAAAGAGUCGGAAGGAUAAGAAGGCAAAUGGGCCAGAUAUAUCACCUAGUCUGGCAUUUAAGUUCACUAGCAAGGUUCCAUACAAAACUGUAGCACAUAGUUCUGUUGUGUUGAAGGCUGAGACUGGAGGAUGGUAAUGUAAAGCGACGAAGAGAGAAGUACCAGAAACAGAAUGGUGAUGCGAGUGCUGGUUCAAACACUAGGAGCCGACAUACUCCUAAUUGGUUGCCAUCUCCACCACCUGGGCCUUCUGGAAGCAGAUACUUCUAGGUCUUCCCCGCCUCAUUAGUUUUCUAUUUGAAUCUUUAGAUGAAGAGAAUGGGGUGUUUAUGUGUACACAGAGAAGAUUACAUUCAUGUGAGGUUGUUACUUCACAAGGAUGGAUUCGAGGCAUACUCACUCUAUUGCGCCUGUCAUUAUUUUGAUUUGGUAUGAUGUACCAUGUAGCUCUGAUUUAUGAAGAUUGAGAAUUGACAUUGAAAAAUGAAUGUAUUCAUGAAUCACACAAAGUGUAUAUCAGGGAGUUUCC